CUUAGCGUGCGCACACACGCACAUUCUCGCCCACUCAUCUUUCCAUCUCCUCGAACAACACCUUCUCUGAUUUUCGCCUCUUUCUUCAUUUCUUCUGCCGUCCUUCCUUUUCGGUCUCCCGGCCCCUCUCUCAUAUGGAGGUUAGGGUCCUUUUGCUGCAUCUUAUACGUGUGCAGCUCUUCCACGCCCUCACAAAUCCAGGGUAAGACUUUUGCAAAGAGCAAACCUGAGGAUUGAUGGGGCAGGCGUGAGGAGAAACAAUGUCCAGGCUGUGAGGAGAGCACCGACGUGGCCUCGAAACAUGAUUGGCGGCUGAAGGAGUGACAGGCUGACCGUUAUCAGCUUCGAUGGCGUGGAACAAGCAAUGCAGGACUAAGCCAUCAGUCCCGUCGUGCUCCACUGUGCCACUGAGCCUCCUCGUCUUACUGCUCGCUGGCCUGAGCACAGCUGGGCCGCCCCGACCAGCACGCCCUCCCCUGCUGUCCGGACAGCCUUUUAUCAUUUUCUGGGCCAUACCCGAUUCCUCCUGCUCCGCCAGGCCAGAUCCUGGAUCUUUUGGAAUGGAACGUGAAGGCCGGGUGGUGGUCUUCUACGAGGACACGCUGGGAAACUACCCGUAUUUCCUGGAUAAAGACACAAGGGUCAAUGGGGGUUUACCACAGAACACCCGGCUGGACAACCAUCUGCAGAAAACUCAGUUGGACCUUGACGCGGCGUUGCCCGCCCCCAGGUACCUCGGGCUGGGGGUGCUGAGAUGGUCCGAGUGGCUACCCCAGUGGUUGAGGAACAGGGAGAAGAAGGCCGUUUAUCAGGCAGCUUCCCGGAACCUCCUGAAGGCGUUCUUCCCUAACUGGACUCCCGAGGAGGUGGAGAAGUGGUCACAGAUGGACUUCGAGGCAGCUGCCCAGUCAGUAAUCAUGGAAACUCUGAGGGAGGUCAAACGCUUACGUCCCAAAGCAUUAUGGGGUGUCUCCCCUUACCCGAGCUGCUACAACGGCGAACCCGCCCAAACUGCUUUAGCCAACUACACCGGCCAGUGCCCCCCUGCUGAGAAGACCCUUAACGAGGAGCUACUGUGGCUGUGGAGACGCUCGUCCGCCCUGUACCCUCUUCUGUCCCUGGAGAAGCUACAGGGUGGAACGUCCUCAGGGAGGCUUUAUAUGUCCAGUGAAAUCCAGGAAGCUCUCAGAGUGUCCUCCCUGGCCGGAGCGACGUUCGAUCUUCCUGUAUUCCCACUGAUCAACAGUGUGUACGCCUCCACCAACACUUUCCUGUCACAGGCAGACCUGGUCAGCAGCAUCGGGGAGAGCGCUGCCAUGGGAACAGCCGGAGUGGUCAUCUGGCAGAGAAGUGACACCAAGACAGAGAGAGAAUGUCAAGACCUGGCAGAGUUCAUCCGCAAGGUCUUGGGACCUUACUCCAUUAACGUAACCACGGCAACAAGGCUCUGCUCAGCCUCCCUUUGCCAGGGAAAAGGCAGAUGUGUCCGUCAGAAUCCGGACAGCUCCGCCUACCUCCACCUCCCACCGCCUCCCGACGUGACGGAGAAGGUGACAGAGAAGGCGGAGGCAGAAAAAGCCACAGACCAGCCCGACCCUGACGCUAAGGCAGCUGAACCGGACCCAGCCGAGAUGUGGAAGAAAGACUUCCAGUGCCAGUGGUACAAGACACCAGACAGGGACGUCUCGGAUCAGCAGUCCCCCAAAGACGGAACCUCUGUCAAAGGGCCGCUGGAACAAAUUCCCAGAGAUCUAAGAGGGACUUUGGCCACUUAUACAGCAGCUUCCGUCACAAAAGGUGCCUCUGUGAUCGAAGCGAGCGAAAGCGGUUCGGUACUGAUGGCCGCAGACUCUAACAUAAUUCUGCUGCUGCUGGUGGCUGCUUGUCUGUGUGUGAACUAAAAAAAAAAAAAAGCCCAACUCCGGACCCUUGCUGAAGUGCCUUUGAGCAAGAUACUGUUGACCAGUGCUGCUCUGGACCAUGACCACAUCAUUCAAGACUGCAAUAAAUGUUAUCUGGAAGUGCCAACGCACAGCAGCAUUGUCACUUAUGUCACUUUUAGGGAAUUGAACUGCUCAAAGCAAACCUUGCGUACAAUAAAGGACGUUAUGAAGAUCAUCACCAGCAAUUUGUGCUCACUUGCAUGCAGCGACACGUGUUGCAUGUUUAUGAACCUUGCGGUUCUUAGCUUUCACCAAUGCUCUAAAACGCUUACGAACGCGUCCUAAACUCUGAUGGGAUUGCUUCUUAAUUCAAACCAUGUUUAAAAGACACUUGGGUGAUGCUCAAUUAAUAAGCAGUUAAGUCUGCGCCAUAAAAUGCUGGCUGAGCAUAGCGACAAAGUUUGACUCAUGGAGAGGAAGAAAACACAAAAUGGACAUCAUUUGAAAAGAUCUGUGCUUAUUUAGACACAGCGCCACUGAGUAGUGACAAGAAAUAAAAACAAAAUGGGCUGAUUGCACAUCACACUAAUUCACCCGUCUUAUAAAUAAUCGUAUAAAAACUUUGCUCUGAAAACAGCACUUGGGUUUUAAAUGAGUGAAGACGUCGAGUGAGAAGGUACA